UCCCGAGAGUGAACGAGCGACGCGACGGACAAGAAUGAUGUAAAAAUCCACAAAAACCCUAAACCCUAAACCCUCCCCUCAUUAAUCAACAGGGCGAAGCCACACCACCAGAACCGUAUAAUGAAGUGUAGGAGUCGGCCUGGACCCGUGUACGCGUUAGCCGUACUGUUGGCGCUCGUCAACGCCGCCGAAGUGAUGGGCGGACCGACUUCCGGCGGGGAGUCCGUCGCGGCCGGCGGAGAAGCGGACGAAGGGUCGUACCUGCCGGGAGGCGACACCCUGAUGCAACCGGUGACCGCGUCCAGCCUAGACGCUCCCGUGCAGCUGCCCAUAUUCCUGGAGGAACCGACGGACGCGUACGUGAUCAAAGGCAAACCGGCCACGCUCACCUGUCGGGCCGCCCACGCUCUGACCGUGUACUUCCGGUGCAACGGCGACAGGGUGGACGACUCGAUGGGACCGCAGAUGGAUUUCGUCGACCCCCAGACCGGUGUCAGGAACGUCGAGGCCACCGUCAACAUCACCCGGAACCACGUGGAAGAAUACUUUGGCAAGCACAACUACCAGUGCCAGUGCGUGGCGUGGACUUCGCGCGGCGACAUAGUCAGCAGACCCGCCAACGUGAUCGUUGCCUACUUGAAGAAACCGUUCAACUCGAUACCGUACUCGGUCAGCGUGGAGUCCGACCGGAACGUGGAACUGCGGUGUUUGCCGCCGGACGGCGUGCCUUCGCCCAGGGUGUACUGGCUGCGGAACGGCGUGCAAAUCGAACCGGACAACAACAUGAUCGUGUCGAGCGAGGGCAAUCUGUUGAUCGGCCAGGCCAGGCUACAGGACACUGCCAAUUACACUUGCGUGGCCGAAAACGUCGCGGCCAAGAGGCUCAGCGAUCCCGCGCUGCUCACCGUCUACGUAAACGGAGGAUGGUCGCCGUGGACCCAGUGGACGGAAUGCAGUUCCCGGUGCGGCAAAGGAACGCAAAAAAGGUCCAGGGUAUGCAACAAUCCGGUGCCGCUCAACGGCGGCAAACCCUGUGUCGGUUCGGCCGUGCACAAAGCCGAGUGCACUUCCAUAUGUCCCGACGGCGAAUACAGCGACAGCGUCGUCGAAGAAGUAAUCGAUGGUCACUGGUCCUCGUGGUCACCGUGGUCUCCGUGCGGCCCCGACUGCCGUCAUCACCGCACCAGGACCUGCACGUCUCCCAGUCCUGCGAACGGCGGAAGAUACUGUACCGGCAGGGACACGAUGUCGGGCAACUGUUCCGGAGGAUCUUGCAUAGGUGGACGAGACGACCCUGUAAAUUACGACGACGAACAAUUCACCGAAGAAGCCGCUACCAGAUCCGUGGUCGAGACCGACGUGGCUCUGUACGUAGCCCUGAUCGCCGCGUCCGUGCUGCUGGCCGGCAUGGUGCUGCUGUUCAGACUGUACAAGAACAAGGGCCGCGACCAUAGCAUGUACAACAUGGCCAACUCGGACUUCCAGCCGGAGUUCUUCCCGGACCAAGAGAAGAAGACGUACUCGCUGGAGUGCCACUCCAGGAACGGCGGCUGCAACCACUUCCACCAGGCGCAGCCCGACCUGACCAGGACCGUGGUGGUGGUGCCGUCGUGCUACGAAUACCCGUUCACCAACGACCAGAACGCGUACAGCCUGACCCGGUCGUGCUCCGAACACCACUACGACGUGCCGCACCACAACGCGGCCGGGUCGACCAUCACCACCGCGGCGGCGGCCGCCACGAUCGCACCGCCCGUGCCUUUGGCGGCGCCCGACAGCCCGAACGCGCUCUCGUCCAGCCCCGGGUCCAACCACAGUCUGACCAGCUACACGUGUUCGAGCAAAUCUCAAUCGGAUUCCAGCGGCGGCACGGCGUGUCACUGCAAAGACUAUUUGUGGAUGAAAGAAACCGCGGCCACGUCGGUCGGAUGCCGGCUGGAAUGCAAAGAGUACGGCGUUUCGCUGACCAUUCCCGAAGGAGCGGUUGCCAAGAACCAAAAAGAACCCGUCCUGUUCGCCGUGUUACAAGACGAAUACAAACCCUUGCUCUCCGACGGCCAAACGCAACUGAGCCCGGCCGUGAUGUGCGGACCGUACGGCAAAAGCUUCAAGAAACCGGUGAUCGUGGGAAUGCAUCAUUGCGCCAAUCUGCAACAAGGACCCUGGAUAGUUUCCGUGUUGGCCUGCGACUCGCCCGUCGGCACUAAGCCCAAAUGGAAGAAAAUACUAACGCUGGGCGAAGAAACCAUCAACACGUCCGUGUUCGUGCAGAUGGACGCCAACAAAGUGUUCUUGAUGAGCGAAACCCUGUCCAAGUUGGUGUUGAUCGGCGAACCGGACCCCACGGUGGUAGGCAAUCCGCCGGCCAAGAUGUUGAAGUUGGCCUUGUUCGGUUCGCUAAAUCGAAAGUUCAAGUACGACAUCCGAGUGCACGUCGUAGACGACAACGGAGUGGCUUUGGAGAGAUUGAAACAACAAGAACGCAGCGUCAGCGGGGGCGUGCUUUUGGACAAACCGAAAUCGCUGUGUUUCCAAAACGGCGGCGGCAAUUUGGUGAUCACCGUGGACGACAUCGGUUCCAACUGGAAGAGUAAACCCCAAGACAAUUACAAGGAAAUACCUUACGCGAACCUGUGGAACUCGAACGCCAUAGUGCUGUUCACGUUGGAACCGUUCGACCAACAGUACCCGGACUCGUGGGUGAACGUGUCGUGCAGGGUGUGCGUGUCACAGACGUCGGCCACGGGGUCCUUGAGAAACGUCAAACACACGUUCAAAGUGAACCAGGACCCCAACAGUCUGUCGUCGAUAGCAGGCGGCAAUCAGCCCCACCGGCAACCCCGCACGGUUACCAGCACCAGCGGCAGCGGGUCCAGCAGCGUUACCUCGUGCGACACGGCGCCGUUUAGAUUUAGUAAAGUCUUACGUAAGCAACUCUGUCAAUGUUUAGAUCCGCCAAAUUCUAGGAGCAACGACUGGAGGAUGUUGGCCCAGCGUCUCCGCAUGGACCGUUACAUCAAUUACUUCGCGGUAAAGCCCAGUCCCACCGAUCAAAUACUGGACUUGUGGGAAGCCAGACACAGGGAACCCACGUCCGUCACCGAUCUGCUGAACGUCUUGAGGCUCAUGGGCCGAACCGAUGCGGCGGCGCUCAUGGAACGCGACCUAGGCCCUUGGCUGUAAACCGUGUCUUAUACUUAAGCCACCGCCCACGUCCAGCCACACACGAGGAGUUCCUACAAUAUAUAUUUUUCUAUAAAUAAUUAUACGACUUCGUUUAUGUUAUCAUUGUGUAUUUCUUCUGCGAGGUUUUUACUUUUUUUUAUUAUUAUUAUUGUCGACAAUCAAAAAAUCGUUUUUAUAAUAUAUAUAACAUUAUGUACCUAUUGUCUAAAGUUUUUGAUAAUAAUUUAAAAAAAAAAAAUAAUAAUAA